AAAUGAUGUGUUCCUUCCUAAAAACCUACACGUUUAUGAACGUUCGAGCGCUGCUGUCAUCGAGAUUCCGAGAGACUGGCAUAGCACAGCAGUAAGGCGACAAGCAAUGAAUCCUGUUCAAUGCUCUCGAUCGUCCCCGCGCCCUUCGGCCGACAUCUUCAAGUUGCCUCAAGAACAUUGGAAUCUGUUUUUAAUGAUGAAUCACUUCAACCAGAUUCGAUGUCGGGCUGAGAUUUCGACGUAAAAUGUUGUGAAGAUCUUAGGAGAGAUACUGAUGAGUGGACUCUGGACGAAUCGAUUGAGGUGAUUUCUUUAUUCAGAAAGACUGGGAACAAGGGGACAGACAGAGGAGGUUUAAGCCUGUAAAGAUGGCAGCCGGAGUGAUACUUUUUCCAAUUAUCAUGCAGCUGGCCAUCAGUUCGGUCUCAUUGUCAGUGGAUGGCCUAGCCGUAGCUUCCUUUGAAGAGGAUGGCAACAAGCGACUUCCAAUUGUCAUAAGCACCUGGGCAUUCGUGGACGCAGUGCGAGCUGCCUGGGAAGUCGUAGAGGGAGGAGGUUCCCCGAUAGAUGCUGUGGUGGCUGGCUGCAGUACUUGCGAAAGGCUUCGCUGCGACGGAUCUGUCGGAUAUGGUGGUAGUCCUGACGAGAACGGAGAGACUACACUGGAUGCUAUGAUCAUGGAUGGGACAACAAUGGAUGUAGGGGCAGUGGGAGCUUUGCGUUCAGUGAGAGAUGCUAUUGGAGCCGCUCGUCUGGUGAUGGAUCACACCGAGCACACCUUGUUAGUUGGUGAUCAGGCAUCAGCUUUUGCGCUGUCAUUGGGACUUUCUGGGCCAGCAAAUUUGAGUACAGACGACUCCUUGGACUUGUGGUCGACAUGGCGUGACAAGAAGUGUCAACCAAAUUUUUGGCAGAAUGUGAUUCCUGAUCCGAGGUUUUCCUGCGGUCCUUACCACACUUGGAGACAAUCUAGUCGUCAUUCUCGCAUGGUGCAAGAAUGUGGAGAGCGAACAGCAGCCAGAGGGUCCAGUCAAAAGGGCAUCGGACCUGCAAAUCAUGACACUAUUUCCAUGGCCGUCAUCGAUAAAUCAGCCAAAAUUGCUGUGGGGACAUCUACGAAUGGAGCUACUUACAAAAUUCCUGGCAGAGUCGGCGAUGGCCCUAUAGUAGGAGCGUCAGGUUAUGCAGAUGACGAAGUAGGCGCUUGUGGUGCUACCGGUGACGGAGAUAUCAUGAUGCGGUUUCUCCCUUGUUAUCAGGUUGUAGAGAGCAUGAGAUUGGGCAGGAGCCCGGAGCAAGCGGCGGAGGAUGCUAUUGCAAGGAUUAAGAGGAAAUUCCCACUUUUCGUUGGAGCAUUGUUCGCAAUUGAUCGUCACGGCGUUCACGCUGGGGCUUGUAAUGGAUGGACCUUCCAGUAUGCAGUUCAAGGCCACGGCAUGGAGGAUGUGGAAAUUUACACUGUUAGACCUCAGUCGUGAACAUACUAUGGUACCUACCUGAACAAACGAAGUUUUCACCGCCACUAACAUGGGUUUAUGUUUUCGAUGUGAACAUUUCUUGUUCAGCUGUAAACGUUAAAAUAUAUCCAUUAUUAUAUCCAUUAUAUCCAUGCUCCUCAAUAAAAUAAGAUCUGUUUGAUCGGAGUUCCUCAUAGUUCUGGAACUUUAUGUAGAUCCUAUCGGGUACAUUCACUUUAAGCAUUCCGUGUGAUUCGCCAACUAGAAAGUAUGUAGAACACAACUGUAAGGAAUAUGAAAAAUAAGCUGAACAAAACUUGACCAUGGCAUGGCUCCAGAAAGCUGAGUUAUUGUUCCAAGCACUGUAUUUAAUCCCAUCU